AUGGCUUCUGGAAAUUACAGCCAUACUCUACCUACAAUGUUUGAACAAGACAAGGAUCCUUUCAUAGACGAUGAUGUCCUCAACGUUUUAAUCAUCGUUUUCUAUGUCGUUGCUAUCGGAUUAAUGUGUUUCUUUGGUGUUAUAUUCAACGCGGUUAACGUUUUCGUAUUUUUCAAGCAAGGAUUCAAAGACACCGUCAACAUCACUCUUUUCAGUCUCGCCGUUUCCGAUAUGGGAUCUCUGGCAACGCUCUUUUGGAGUACUGUCUGCUUCAACCCUUUGUUCGCUCAAGCUGUUCUACCUGUGAUUAGUAUAGACUUAAUGCAUAUAACAUCUGGAUGGCCUCACACUUUUUUCUCGCGGAUCUCCAGCUGGAUCACAGCCUUCGUCACGUUUGAGAGAUGUCUGUGUAUCGCUCUACCCCUCAAAGUGAAGACAAUCAUAACACCGAGACGUACUAUUUACGUAAUUGUCAGCAUAUACAUAGGCGUGGCUGCUUGUGUUGCUCCUGCGUUCUAUUCUAUCAGGCUGGGGCCAAAACAUGUUUCAGAAGUAAACAUGACCAUGAUAGGAAUAGUAUAUACCUCCGACGGCGUUUUUAUUGAGGGUAUAUCUCUUCUCAUCAGCGCUUUUUCCCAGCUUGUUUCAUUCAUCUCAGUAAUCGUGUGUACGGUAAUCCUUGUCCAAAACCUUCUGAUCAAAUCAAGAUGGCGCCAGUCGAGUUCCAGCACAGCAAAGCAGGAAUCUUUAUCGAAUAGAGACAUGAAAGUUGUGAGAAUGGUUCUGUCUAUUGCCGUAAUCUUCAUAGCUUGUUUGUCCCCCACUGUUGCCAACAUCUUUGCGAUAAUGUCCAUCCCAGAGUACAGCUUUUACGGGGAAUACCAAAGUAUCUAUUUGAUCCUAUGGGCUAUAAGCUUUCUGCUGGUUGCAACGAAUUCAGCGGUGAAUAUAUUUGUGUAUUACUACAUGAGUUCGAAAUUUAAAGAAAUUCUCGACGAAACGCUCAACAGAAUGAGAGGGAAAUGUGGUGUGUGA